GCCGUCUCAUUAGUUUAAACUCGUUGUCACCGCUUUUUUAGUUCACUGUGACUUCUCAGAACAAGAAAUCUCUGUAGAGGGUGUUAUGAACAACUAUGAGGUCAUCCGUCAGAUUGGAGAGGGUGCGUUUGGUAAAGCCUUCCUGGUUCGAGACAAAGAGGGAGAUGGAAACGGAGAGUGUGUGGUCAAACAGAUCAACCUCAGAAAGAUGUCAGCGAGGGAAAAGGAAUCGUCCCAGAAAGAAGUGACGUUGCUGUCAAAGAUGAAACACCCGAACAUUGUGGCCUUCAUCAGUUCAUUUCAAGAGAGAGGCCGCCUGUAUAUAGUGAUGGAGUACUGUGGUGGAGGAGAUCUGAUGAAGAAGAUAAAAAUGCAGAGAGGAGUCUUCUUCACUGGGGAGCAGGUCGUGGACUGGUUUGUUCAGAUCUGCCUCGGCCUCAAACACAUCCACGACAGGAAGAUCCUUCACAGAGACAUCAAAGCUCAGAAUAUCUUCCUAACCAACGGAGGGAUGAAAGCAAAGCUUGGGGACUUUGGAAUCGCAAGAAUGUUGAAUAACACCAUGGAGCUGGCCAGGACUUGUGUGGGGACCCCGUACUACCUCUCCCCAGAGAUCUGCGAGAGUCGACCCUACAACAACAAGACGGAUAUCUGGUCUCUGGGCUGCGUCCUGUAUGAACUCUGCACCUUGAGGCAUCCAUUUGAGGGCAGCAGUCUGCGGCAGCUGGUCGGUACAAUUUGCAAGGGGAGCUACAACCCGUUACCCAGCCACUACUCCUAUGACCUUCGCCUGCUGAUCACCCAACUCUUCAAGGUCAACCCCCUGGACCGACCCUCGGUCAGCUCCGUCCUCAGGCGUCCCUUCCUGGAGAAGCACAUCAGCAAACACCUGGAUCCACAGGUGAUGCAGGAGGAGUUCAGCCACACGGUGCUGCAUCGAAACCAAGCCGUUAAAACCCGGGCAGGAGCAGCAGAGAACAAACAGAAGCCCGCAGCCGCCGUGAAGAGACAGCCGGCUAAACCAGACUGGAAAGUCCCACUAAGAGUCCACUACAAACCUCUUCGUCAAAGAGCUGCAGACCGAGAUGCUGCAGGCCCGCAGAACCAAAGGUUUAAUGGACAGAAGCCAGUCGGCCAUUACCAGCACCACUACGCCCAGCUGGACGCCUUUCAGAGGAGGAACGAGGAAGACGUCCUCCCCCCUCCAUCUCCUCUUCUUCCUCCUCAGAAGGAGCGAUGUGAGGACCACACUGUGGAACCAUACCAGCUUGUGGCUGCAGCUCAUCAUGAAUACCUGCAGAGGAGACAAGAGGCCAACCAGUACAAGCUGAGAGCAGAGAAACAGCUGGGUCUGCGUCCGUGUACAGCUGAGUGCAACAGGAAGCCCGGUGGUCAGGAGCAGGAAGUGCGACAUGAACAACAAUAUGAACUCCAGGACAAAAGGCAGGAGGGACAUCAGGUCGGACCCACAGGAGACACCCGUCAUUCAGUAAUGGGACAUCAGGAGUACCUGCGUCAGCUGGAUCUCAUCAGACAGGACUAUCACCAGGAGAUGAGACAGAUGAGACUGAGAGCUGAAGUAGAGCCUCAGCCACCAAAUAAACAUGUAACCUUUGUAGUGAAGCCCAGAGAUCCUGAGCCUGAGCAGCAGGGAGCUCCACCUGCACAGGACAUGGGUGCAGCUCUGAGGCAGAUCAGAGAUCAGCAGAGAGCGCUGGAGGGAAAACACAAAGACAAGAAAGGAAUCAUGUUUGAGAUCCGGUUAGAUGAGGAAGUGAUCAUUAAAGAGGACGCAGAGAAGGAGGGAAGUGAGGAAGAAGAGGAGAAAGAAGUGGACCCUCUGAACCAAACUCCGAGCUUCCAGGAGGGGGCGGAGUUGAAGCUCAGAGAUUGGUCGCAGGUGAGGAGGGGGUGGAGCCAGAGGACUCCAAAGACUUUGCUGGACGCACUCGCCAACAUGGACGUGAACUCUGCCUCCAGCACCGCUGCCGAGGCUGAACAAGGCGAGGAGGCGGCCGGCUGCAGACAGUGGGCCGAGGACCCCCCCAACACCCUGCUGAACGCUCUCGCUCAGGCUGAACUCACAUCAUCAACUGUGGACUCGGUGACUGCAGAUUCAGAGCCGGAGAAAGACGGAGCAGAAGAGGAGAGGAAGAAGGAGAAAGAGGAGUCCGAUAUGGAGAUGGAUGAAGAUCGUCUGGAGCCGAGGUCAGACGAUGACGACACCAACUUUGAGGAGUCGGAGGACGAGCUGAGAGAAGCUGUGGCAGACUCCAUGAGGAACCUGUUUGUGAUGGAGGACGGGAGCUCGGAGGAGGCGGAGCGCACACAGGAGACGGCGGACGAUGAUGAUGAUGAUGGUGAUGAUGGGAUGAACGAGACCGAGGUUGGAAGAGAAGUGAACGCUAAAGACUCUCGACAGACCCAGAGGGAAGUUGAAGAUUCCCGUGCGGACGUUGCUCCGAUUGAGCCCGAAGAAUGCGACGGUCAGUCCGAUCACGCAACUUUGAAUAAGCUGCAGCAUCCGACCUGAGUGCUCACAAACCGUCAACUAUUCUUUUGAGUCAAAAUAAGACGGCAGUAACUACGGUAAAAACACUGAAUUCAGCUUUGCAAAUGUUUUAUGCCUUUGUUUUAGACAAAUGAAAUGCUUUGGUCAUCUUUUCUCUGCAGCGCACCUUUAACCAGCCACUGCCGCUAAUUCAGUUUUUAAGGCUCAGUUUGCGUGAAACAAAACAGUUUGUAUGUUGAACGAGGUCUCAAAGUGUUUCUGGCAGUUCUGACCGGCCACACUUGAAGGAUGGUGAAGGGUCAGAAAUCAAGGCAUCCAAAUUUAGUGCAAAUUAUAACUAUAUUUCUAGGAAAUUGCUAAAGUUAUAGGAAAAUGAAUUAGCAAUUCCAUCCACUAUAAUUGUGUGAAUAUGAGUUCAUUGGUUGAUGGAGAUAAACAGCAAGUGGAGAUAAUUAUCAAUUUAAUGACAUUAAACCGUUGAGGACGCCAUGAGGUGAGGUCAUUAAAAGAGCUUUCGUCAAAGCUGAAAUGAUGGAAAUAUGACAUUUCUUUUCAUGUAUUAAUGUGAGGAAGGAUACAGUCUCAUCGCUCCACAGAGCAGAUGUUGCUCAAGAAUAUAAAAAGAGACCGUCUAAGUCUGGUUUUAUUCUGUAUCUUUCCUACUUUAAACAAAUCCCACGAAAAGACCAAAAAUAACUUAAUUUUUCUCUCAAUUCUUUUAGUUCCUACUAAAGACGUAAAUCUUUAAAGACACAAAUACACGAGCACAAUAAGGGCUUAGUAAUUUCCCAAAACAGUUUGUCACUAUAGUUUUUAAUUUUAAAAAACAGGAGGAAAUCAUGUUUGAAUAAUUGUUGCUCUUGGUCUUUUCAUAGGAUUUAUCGUGAUUCUUUGUUUUGGUGCAGAAUGAAAUAAUUAAGUUUAAGUUUUUCUCUUUUAAGCAGCAUUAAUGUUUUGUACUUUUUGUGCUAUAACCGUUUGUUUCCACACGCAGGCAGCACACAAAAAACAGUUUCCAUGAAGUGUUUGGUGAUUGUCUUUAUUUCAGUAUUGUUUAAAAGGAACUUCAGUUUCUCAUCUUCUCUACAUGAACAUUCUUAAUAACAAUGCCUCUUUGAAAUAAACAUCUUUUAUAUUUCA